AUGAAGGAUGAGUUCGGGCUGGAGAACUGUAUCAAGGACAGACUCUCCUUUACUAAAGAAUCAGUGACCUACCAAAUCAAUCAUGCUAUAGCUGUAGAUGGUAGUAUCUAUCUUCUAGCAAACGAUGCUUCAAAUACAGCAACUUUGUUUUAUAGAUAUAAUGCAAGAACAUUUAGUGCUGAUUGGGUUUAUCGAGAAGAAGCCUAUUUGGAAAUAUUAGCAGUUACUCCUGACGAGCUGAGCUUGUUCGGAGCUGUUGAUGGCCAGGGAAAUAAUCAAAGCAUAUCCCUUUUUGUCUAUCAGACAACAUCUGCACGACUCUCGCUGAGUCGGAUUAUAACAGGAUACUCUGCAUAUUUCCCAACAAGCAAUCAUCAGAUGGAAGUUAUCAGCAAUUCGAAUAUUUAUAUAUUUGCUAAUUCCGUGAACACGCAGAUAGACCUGAUCAAUAUAAACAUCAAUGAUGGGUCAAUGAACAUUAUUGAGAUGCCGAAUACAUUUACGUUUAGUCAGCUUCUAUAUAGCUCUACAUCUAACAGCCUCUUGAUAAUGUACCAUCUUACUGCUUCAAAAGACCUUCGUUUUGGAGGCAUAAAUUUGAAUGGAAACUCAGUGUUUCAGAGUGCCGGGAUUACUUGAGUCAAUGAGCUCGAUAUCAGCUGUACUGAAGAUGUAAAUCCCGCUAAAGCUAUCAACGAUGAUCAGACUAUUGGAUAUUUUCUGACAACAUUCCAACCACUUGGGAUGUUCUUUAUAUCACUAAACUUUAAUUCUGCUGAUAUUAUUCAUGGGCAAACCUUUAUUCCCUCUGUUUCUGUGCAAAGAGGCCACCAUCUUCAUUAUUAUGGUGGUUAUGUGUAUCUUAUUUUUGAGACAACAGAUAGUAAAUUUGUCUUUGCUAAAUAUGAGGCUUCUUCUGAUACUUUUACUGAUGAAAUCUAUGAAACAUCUGUCCAAUACCGUAAAUCGUUUUUCAUCAUCACUACAAUUUUUUCUGGAGGAUUUGGUGAAGAAGGAGGAGCCUCUAGCUCAAUGUCAAUACUGUUUCAUGUUGGAAACAAAGGAGAUGAGACUAUAUUUUGUUCCUGUUAUUACGACUUUGAGAAAUCCUCAAUUACUCUGAGUGUUCCCUCUUACACGGCCAAGAUUAUGACAGUUCAGGGCGACACAUUAUCAGUUACAGGUACAAGAACAAAUACAUUCACCCCAGUAACAACAGGAAAGAUUAAAAAAGGAGCCAACACCACAGUUAAUAUCUGCCUCCCUUAUUCAAUGACCUGGGCUUCUACACUAAGCUAUACGUUCUCCCAGAAUAAAGAGGAUGAAGAUCAAGUCUCCUAUAUUCUCAGCUACGAUGAUGGUACUAGUAAAUUGAGGGUUGUCAGCCAAGAAGAUACUCUUGAAUCAACUACUUCAAAUUUUACAGUCACCGCUUCCUCAAGUUAUGGAAAAACCUACAACACAGAAGUCACUAUCGAAAAAAGUUUAGAUUCUGGAGAUCAAGUUGCUAUUUCCGGACUCCAAGGGGGAAUUAUGGCUGUUGGAGCUGUAUCCUCAAUUUUUGGAGCAAUCAUAGGUGGAUCUCUAAUCCAAGCUUUAUGGAUGAUCUUCAAUCAACAAAAGAUGCUCCUAUUCUUCAUUCUAAUGGACACAUAUAUUGAUGCAUUAGUAAAAUUUAUUCUACUAAAACAAAAUUUCGGUCUGUUUCAUUUCGAUUUUUUGAGUGUAGUGACUCCCAGUUUUAUAACAACACCUGUAUUAACCAAAGAGAUGGACACUGAACAGAAGACAGAACCUUUAGAAGAGAUUGGGUUCGAAUACGAAAGCUUUCUCAGAACUUAUUGGACUCCAAUUUUAAUGAUACUCCUAAGUGCUGGUAUCCAUAUUUCAUCCAGAAUAAUUUUCAAAAACUUUCCUUCAUUAUCACAGGCGAAUUCUGAUGAAGCUAAAAGAGAAAAUUCUAAAAUUGAACCAGGGGUAGGAAAUGAUGAAAGUCCUUCUGAUAGAGAUAAAAAUAUGAAUGACAUUGCUGAGAUUCAGGAGCCAAUUGAUGAAGAAGAGCCUCAUAAUCAAUCUGAGCACCAAGUUGAUAAGAGUAGAGAUCAACUUCUUAUGGACCAAGUUGAGAAUGGAAAUCUAGAAAAUAGUAGACCGAAAGGCUUGAAUAAAGCAGAUAAUUAUCAGAAAAAGGCUUCGGAUGAUACUGAUUUCAGUAAGAAUAAAGUCAUUGGUGAGGAGGUCAAGAAUGAUCCUAUUGAGGAUCCUCCUAGAAGUAAAGGGCAAAGCCUCAAGGAUUGGCUUAAAAAAUCAUUAAAGAAGCUUCUUUUGAAAACCCUGAAGAAUCUUGAAUCCGAUAAUUAUUGGAAUGUUUACUUCAGAUUUAUGAUAGAGUCCUUCAUGGGAGGCGUGCUAGUCACAUUGAAUGAGAUGAAGACCAAUAAUGCCAGCAAUAGAUGGGAGAAGCUAUCCUUAGCCAUAUCAUAUAUCUUCUUCACCAUUUUCCUCGCUUUCUACGUCUUUGUAUUAGUAGUUUGAUACAAAGAAUUUAAAAGAAGAAAAGGAUACGAGCUCAUCCCUCAAUCAGAUAAUGAAGAAAUCGGACUUCCAGAUGUUGAAGAUGAAAUAUAUGGAGAGAUAUUCGCAGAUCUCGACAAAUAAGCUCUUGCUGUACUCCACCAGCCUCUAAAUCUGACAAGAAUCUUAAUAAUGGUUUUCUUUGUCAUGGUAGUGAACAUGUACGAUGAAUCAACAGUGUGGAUAAUUUUCAUUCUAAUGCUGGUCUUACAAACAGGAUACACUAUACAGGCUUAUAAAAUUCUAAAAUUUAAAUGGUGGCCAUUAAAGGUCAUCUACCUUAUUAACGAAGUAUUCCUUUGUCUGUUCGUAGCUGUAUUCGGAUUCCUAAAGACGUACCAGGAUUGGAAGAAUAGUGCCUCCAAGGUCCUCGUUCUUCUAAUGAUUUUCUGCAAUACGAUGUCAGUCAUUUUCUUCCAAACAUGCGGAAAUUACAUCCAGUCAAAACUUGUGUGCGGGAGCCUAAAGAAUAGAUUGUUUAAGUAAAAUAAGUACCAAGGGAAUGGUUCUAACUCAGGGUACAAAUUCAAGUUCAGAAAUCAAGCAACCCAAUUCCCACAAGAAGUUAAAGAUAAUAUUGAGAAUCCAGUGCAAGAAGAGUCUAAAUCUUCACAAUCCAGAAAUGAGGAUGAAGAGAGCAAAGAGGAGAAGAAUAGCCUUCAUGAAGAUUUGAAAGAAGGAGAUGAUACACAUCUUAAUUCAAAUUACAACCAGAGAAAUGCCAAACAAAAAGCUGCAAAGAAAGAACCUUCAACACAAAACCAGUACAUGGUCACAGAUAAGGCCAUUAAUAUCUCUAAUUUCCACAACCCAGAGCACCUUGCUGAAAAUGCCUCUGAUUCUCAUUUGCCUUCAUUGGCCCCAUCUCCUCUUCCUAAGGCUCAACUAAACAGUUUUCCUUUCAUUAGUGAUCCUGAGACUCCAAUUUCGUUGAUAAGGAAGAAUCAUAGAGAAUUAAGAAAAGAGAGAAGUAAAAAAGGGGAUUAAGAUGGUGAAUGAAGUUGGGAAGAGGAGGAUU